UAUAUGUAGAUUUAGCCAAAACAUUGGAUGACGGUAUUAAAUUUUAUGAAUCGGACAAUGGCGUUAUUUUGACGGAGGGCGAUGCUGAUGGUUAUUUGAAACCGAACUACUUUAUCAAAGUCAUCAGAAUUCCAUGUGGUGAGCAAUUGCAUCCAUAAAGCAUGGCUCUCGUCGACCAGCAAGGUGCGGCGUCACCAAAGAGGAGGGACAACAGAGGGACGAAGAAACCCAUUGAUAACGACGCCACUGACCCUCUGAAGAUACACGUUUCAGGCUACCCUCCGUACGCACGGAUAGAUGAUCUCAAAGAAGCCUUCUCGGACUACAAAGUGAAACAUAUAAAGCCCAUGAAAAAUUUUGCCAUAAUAACAAUGGCGGACGCUAAGAGCUCACAGGACGCUAUCGCUAACUCAGAUAAAAUAUGUGUGUACGGAGAGUUUCUUACCGUCAGACUCUUCUCAGAGCAAGAUUUGCUGCGCAAUAAGAGGGUGUUUGUCAAAAGCAAAGAGAAAAAUGUUAUAAUCGAUCCAUCAAAGAUCGAGCUCUCCGGAGACUUCCUGCAGCAGCUGGACCAGGUGCUGGCUGCUGUACGCUUGACCAAGGAGGAGGUUACCAAGAUAUCCAAGUUAUAUCAAGACCUGCAAACUGUUCUUAGUGGAAUAUGGCCAGGAUGUCACGCAUACCCCUUCGGCUCGAUAACCACGGGGCUGGGCAUCAAGACGAGCGACGCGGACUGCUUCGUGGAGCUGCCCGCGCAGUUCCAGCACGCCAGCAUGAACCACGUGAACAAGGCCAAGCGGCUGCUGCAGCAGUACCCCAAGAUAUUCACUGAGAUAUAUUCCAUACCGAACGCGCACACCCCCAUCGUGAAAUUCUUCUACACGCCCACGGAAACCAACUGCGACGUGUCCUUCAAGACGCUCCUCGGUGUUCGGAACAGCAAGCUCAUAGCGUUCCUCCUCCACGCGGACCCCAGGUUGAUACCGAUCGCUGUGCUCGUCAAAUACUGGGCCAAAGUUCACGGGUUCUCCGGCAGCGGGCGGCUCACCAACUACGCCCUCACCAUGCUCCUGAUCUUCUACCUCCAACAGAAACAGUUCGGCAAGUUCUUCGUCAUCAUGAUCAAGGGCUGGUUCUUCGUGCUCAUGCGGCCUUUCCUUAAGGCGAAGAAGGGCGAAGCGCCGGCCGCCGAUCCCGCCCCGGAUGCCUCCAUCGAAGAUCCAGCCGAUUUAACCAACGGGCUGCUCGAACACGGCGAAUUGAACAGUUCAGCAUUGGACUCCGCCAGCCCGGCCGCAACCGCCGCAACCGCCGCUACCGCCGCAACCGCCGCCACCGCCGCCACCGCCGCGCCCUGA